AUGCUGGUCCCGAUCUCUAGUCUUCAGUCUUGGCCCUGUUUCAACUUUCACUUUCAUGUGUGAAAAAUCGAAACUCUAACUCAACUGAGUGUUAGUGAAAGAAGGUGUGUCCUGCUCCCCAUGACAGGUUGCUCAGAGACUGCUGAUUUCCACCGCUAUAUAAAGAGAGUCCCCGGCAUACAGGGACUGCUGUGCUCCAGGCGUCUGCCACCAUGUGGGUACUCACGCCUGCUGCUUUUGCUGGGAAGCUCCUGAGUGUGUUCAGGCAACCUCUGAGCUCUCUGUGGAGGAACCUUGUCCUGCUGUUCUGCUGGCUGAGGGCAACCUGGCUGCUAGCUUCCAAGAGGACAAAGCAGCAGCUGGUCUGGAGAGAGCCAGAUGAGACCAAAGAGGAGGAAGAGGACCCUCCUCUGUCCACCACCCCAACCAGCGUCAACUAUCACUUCACUCGCCAGUGCAACUACAAAUGCGGCUUCUGUUUCCACACAGCCAAAACAUCCUUUGUGCUGCCCCUUGAGGAAGCAAAGAGAGGAUUGCUUUUGCUUAAGGAAGCUGGUAUGGAGAAGAUCAACUUUUCAGGUGGAGAGCCAUUUCUUCACGACCGGGGAGAAUACCUGGGCAAGUUGGUGAAGUUCUGCAAAACAGAGCUGCAGCUGCCCAGCGUGAGCAUCGUGAGCAACGGAAGCCUGAUCCGGGAGAGAUGGUUCCAGAAUUAUGGUGAAUAUUUGGACAUUCUCGCUGUCUCCUGUGACAGCUUUGACGAGGAAGUCAAUGUCCUUAUUGGCCGUGGCCAAGGAAAGAAGAACCAUGUGGAAAACCUUCAAAAGCUGAGGACAUGGUGUAGGGAUUAUAGAGUCGCUUUCAAGAUAAAUUCUGUCAUUAAUCGUUUCAACGUGGAAGAGGACAUGACGGAACAGAUCAAAGCACUAAACCCCGUCCGCUGGAAAGUGUUCCAGUGCCUCUUAAUUGAGGGUGAGAAUUGUGGAGAAGAUGCUCUGAGAGAAGCAGAAAGAUUUGUUAUUGGUGAUGAAGAAUUUGAAAGAUUCUUGGAGCGCCACAAAGAAGUGUCCUGUUUGGUGCCUGAAUCUAACCAGAAGAUGAAAGACUCCUACCUUAUUCUGGAUGAAUAUAUGCGCUUUCUGAACUGUAGAAAGGGACGGAAGGACCCUUCCAAGUCCAUCCUGGAUGUUGGUGUAGAAGAAGCUAUAAAAUUCAGUGGAUUUGAUGAAAAGAUGUUUCUGAAGCGAGGAGGAAAAUACGUAUGGAGUAAGGCUGAUCUGAAGCUGGAUUGGUAGAGCGGAAAGUGGAACGAGACUUCAACACACCAGUGGGAAAACCUCUGGAGUGACUGCCAUUGUCUGCAGUGCUAUCCCGUUGGUAUUUCCCAAUGGCUGAAAACCUGAUUUUCUGCUGCACAUGACAUCUGAUUACCUGUGGUCACUGAACACAUAAAUAACUUGGAUAGCAAAUCCUGAGACAAUGGAAAACCACGAACUUUACUUCAUUGACUUAGAACCUUGUUGUUAUUGAAACAGCACUUCUGUUUUUGAGUUUGAUUUGGCUAAAAAGAGGGAAUACACACAGGAAUAAUGGCCCCAAAAAAGCUUAGACAAGGUCCCUAUACACAGGACCUGACCUUUAGCUCAAUGGUGCAUUUGUAAGAAAUAAGCUCUAGUGAUAUCUGUGGGGGCAAUAUUUAAUUUGGAUCUGACAUUUUAAACAAUGUUUACUGUGAUUUCUGUAUUUCCAUUUUGAAGCCAUUUCUUGUUCCAGGUUUGUUCGUUUGACAGAGUCAGUAUUUUUUGCUAAAUAUCCAGAUACCAGUUUUCACAUCUGAGACAUUAUAAAGUAUCUGCUUCAAUUAUUUCUGCUGGUUAUAAUGCUUUUUUUUUUUUUUUUUUUGGCCUUUAUGCCAUUGCAGUCUUGUACUUUUUACUGUAAAGUAUAGAAAUAGUCAACAGAUGUUUCCAAGAAUGUAUGAUAUGAUAAUUCUCCCAAUUUUCAAGAAGUCCCUAGAAGGAGAUAACACAUAUUUACAUGUGUACAUGCAUGCAGUUUAUACGUGCACAUUGUUUCUAUUCCAGAAACAACGUCUACCUCCAAUUUCCCCAGUACAUCAUGCUAUAUCACACUUCUGUGCUUUUAUGAUUCCAUUCCCUUCAAUUUAAAAAAGGGUGCAGCCCUGCGCAUGGUGGCUGUUCCAUGAAUGCUGGCUACCUAUAUAUGUGUGGUACCUGUUGUGUUCCUUUCUCUUCAAAGAUCCUGAGCAAAACCAAGAUACGCUUUCCAUUUGAUGAUGGCAUUGACAUGGGAGCAGUGCUUGUACUGCUUUGUUCACCUAUCAUUUGGCCACAUGAGGCUGUCAAGCAAAAGAAUAGAAGUAUCGUUGAAUAGCUGGUUGUCCCUACGUUUCUGAGAGGUGAUGGCACACAGGGUUGGCAUAAGAUACCCUAAAAUCACGCUGGAACCUUGGGUGAAGAAGAAUGUGAGCAAGAGUAGAGAGAGUGCCUGGAUUUCAUGUCAGUGAAUCCAUGUCACCAUAUCAUAUUUUUGAAUGAACUCUGAGUCAAUUGAAAUAAGGUACCAUCUAGGUCAGUUUAAGAAGAGUCAACUCAGAGAAAGCAAGCGUGAGGGAAAAUGUCACGUAAACUAGAUCAGGGAACAAAAUCCUCUCCUGGUGGAAAUAUCCCAUGCAGUUUGUUGAUAUAACUUAGUAUCUUAUUGCCUAAAAAAUAAUUUCUUAUCAUUGUUUCAAAAAAGCAAAAUCAUGGAAAAUUUUUAUUGUCCAGGCAAAUAAAAGGUCAUUUUAAUUCAGCUGCAAUUUCAGUGUUCCUCACUAGGUGGCAUUUAAAUGUUGCCUGAUGUCAUUAAACACCAUCCAGAAAUUCUGCUUCAUAAUCUGUUCUCAAGACUUGGUGAUUUUAAGUUUUGGUUUUUGUGACUUUGUUUCUCAGAAAAAAAAAAAUCCUACUUAAAUUUUAAGUCACUAUAAUUCAAUUUAAAUAUGUGCGUGUCUCAUCCAGGAUAGGAUAGGUUGUCUUCUAUUUUCCUUUUUACCUAUUUACUUUUUUGUUAGAAAAGAGAAAAAUGAAUUAUAAAGCUGUUCCCCAUGAGUUUUGAUUGUAUCUAAGCUAUGAUGACCUUCAUAUAAUCAGCAUAAACAUAAAAUAAAUUUUGUACUUAACAUGAGUGCACUUUGCUGAUCCUCAUGGCACGGUGGCUCACGCCUGUAAUCCCAGCACUUUGGGAGGCCGAGGUGGGUGGAUCAUGAGGUCAGGAGUUCGAGACCAGCCUGGCCAACGUAGUGAAACCCCGUUUCC